AUGAAAGCAGGGUUCAAAUCCACAUUGAUUCAGCCGGUGAUGCAGCCACCAGAGGAUAAAUGCGAUCUGAUCGAGGACUUUACUCAUUCCGUUUCUAUUGGUGACCGUCUUUUUGAAGAAGAAAUUGCCAGUUUAGAAUUUGAUAAUGAAGAAUCAUUAGAUGAAUUCGUUUCGAAUCAGGUUGAGCAUCGCAACGACGGUGAAUGUGAGGCAGUGGAUGCACCGGAAGUUAUCUCAAUCAGAGAGGUGCAGAAGUUAUUGGAUCAAUUGAAGCUGUUUGCCUCGGUUAAUGCUCUGAGUUCGGGUCGAUUAUUGGAGCGUACAAUUGAUUUAAACAGCGCGUUUGUUGAUUUCCAACGGAGAGCCAAGCUGAGACAAACGACGAUUUACGAUUUUGCGAAAAAUGCAUCUUUAUAA